AUGGUACGUUCUUAUCCCGGAAACUUGCUUCGAUGAUUGCUUCUGAGUGCUCCACUUGACCUGCUAGGCAACUUUGUUUUUGUCUUUGUAUGAGAUUGUAUUGUAUUCGAAAUAUACGAUUGAAUCUUCACAGGCGGUUAAGUACAUUGUUUAAGACUUUAGAUUAUUGUAGGAUAUUAUACGAAAGACGCUGAGUCGAUUGGUUGGGGGAAAUUUUUCUAAGUAAAACUUCUAACUUCGGCUCUCGUGGAUUGUUUUCUAGUAAGCUAACUAGGCUAAUUGAGUUAAAGUUCCACUCUGUCGGAUUCUCCUGGGUGGCUCGUUGUGGACUUUGGAUGGAUUCUCCGAUAUUUCUCGAAUUCGCCGUGAUGGAGUGAGAAUGGGACGAGGCAGCGUGGAAAGUGGCUUCAGCCCUGGAGGCUGAUGCGCCCGCCGUCUCCGUGGGCCUGCUGCCAGAAUGCACAUAGCGUCGUUGGGCGUCAGUAAGGCGGGCUUCCUGCUUUCCCUGCUCCUCGGCGGCCUCCUCUUGUUGCUCAUCCCGGCCUUCCAACCGACGGCCCGCCAGGUCCACCUGCCGCAGCCCAGACCUCAAAUCAAGACCUCAUCUUCCACUUCACAGCACAAUACAGGUUCUCCUGGAGACACGGAAAGGCCCAGCGGGUUGAAUAUAAGCUCACAAGGAUCGAACGGUACCAUAGAGAGUGAACCUUCAAACAAUGACGAUUACAAAGAAAGUGAAAAAGAGCUUUCCAUCCAUGAAGGACAAGGCCACAUUUUGCCUGGACCACGAGACCUGUUGGAAUUAAAGGACAUUUUUAUUGCAGUUAAAACCACCAGGAAAUACCACAAGUCCAGACUGGAGCUGCUGAUCCAGACCUGGAUAUCACGGGCUAAAGAACAGACCUACUUAUUCUCAGAUGGUGAGGACAAAGAGCUUAAGAUGAGAACAGGUGCAAAUGUUAUAAACACCAACUGCUCAGCAGCUCACACUCGACAGGCUCUCUGCUGCAAGAUGUCCGUCGAGUAUGACAAAUUCAUCGAGUCGCAGAAGAAGUGGUUCUGUCACGUGGAUGAUGAUAACUAUGUGAUCCUACCAAGCCUGUUGCAACUGCUGUCUUCCUACCACCACAGUCAGGAUGUCUACCUGGGUCGACCCAGUCUCGAUCAUCCCAUAGAAGCUGCAGAGCGGGUCAAGAGCAACGGAAUGGUGUCAGUCAAAUUCUGGUUUGCAACAGGCGGCGCAGGUUUCUGUAUCAGCCGAGGUCUGGCCCUGAAAAUGAGUCCAUGGGCCAGUUUGGGAAAUUUCAUCAGCACGGCAGAGAAGAUCCGCCUCCCGGAUGAUUGCACCGUGGGCUACAUUAUCGAGGCUCUGCUGGAGGUCGCGUUGAUCCACACGCAGCUCUUCCACUCCCACCUGGAGAAUCUUCAGAAGCUUCCUACUGACACCGUGUUGGAGCAGGUGACGCUUAGCUACGGAGGCUAUGAGAAUCGCCGAAAUGUGGUCAGCAUCCUCGGAGGCUUUUCGCUGGUUGAAGAUCCGACAAGAUUUAAGACAGUCCACUGCCUACUAUAUCCAGAUACUGACUGGUGUCCAAAAGCUAAACCUCACAACGGAGACUGACUUCCAGCGUGUCAUUUCAAGUUCUGCUCUCCUGUAAUCAAGCUACCUUUAGUUGGGAAAUCCUCCCAACUGACGCUUUAAUUCAAGCCUACCUCAUGAGUGUUUGAAAUGAUUGCAAAACACAUGUUUGAUCCAAAGCCAUGCAAAUUAUAGACAUUGAGGCGCUCGAGUGAGCUUUUAGUGAAAACAAUGAAGAAACUCAAACUAUGAUUAGUGCAUCGCAUUGAAGAAAGAACUUUUUGUUUUAAUCUGUGAAGAGGACUUAAAAACAUGUUUGGGAUUGUAGUCAUAGAAUUCAGAAAAUAAAUGAAAUGUAAACAAUCAAUCAUCUUACAAUUGAAUAGUCCCAAAACUAAGUGCUUUCAUUUGGAAAAUCAUUUGCUCUUUUCAUAUGGGGAGGAUUAUUGAAAAAGGAGUAGUGUAUGGUGUCUGCAAGAGGGAGGGGGGACGGACGUUCAGGUGGUUCACAGAAAUGAACUGAUAUUUUGACUUCUUGGUUUAUUUACUGUAGUUUGCAAAAGCAUCUUUGCCUCAAUGCUACGGUCGUGGGUGUUAAAAGUGAAAUAGAUUUUUCUACAGACUUAUUUGUACCAAGCAGGACAGUUCAGUUCCUCUUGGUACACCUUUUUAUUUCUGUUAUUUAAACUUGAUAUAAAUGGCCAUAUCCACAGUAUUGUCAUAUUUUUAUUUUUAAAACAAAUGGGAAUGAUGGGUGAUGACUCAAGGAUGAGAUGAUGAGGUACAUUGCAUGUGAAUUAAGGAGUAUUUCGUUUUUGGACUAAUGGCAGCAAAAAUUGUAUUAAUAUUGUUACGUAUCUUCGUAAUAUGAUCCCAUUGUACCUUAGGUAUUUGUGUAUUUUUAUUGCACUAUUUUGCCUGCAUGUUUUGUGAGAUGCCUUAUUUCUAAAGUGGUUUUACAUGUGAUCAUUAAAUGUCAACUACGUACAGUAAUGGAAAAAGAGUCCAAAUAUGUACCAAUGUAGGUACGUAAUGCCGUUAAACUGUGUAUCUUAACAUUGGCUAUUCCUUUUUUUAAAUUUUUUUUUAAAUAACAUUCGGCUGUGUGACUUCAGACAUUUGAUUGAACAAUGUUAAUAGCAUUUUCAUGAAGUUGGAUGCUCUUAAUUUUGACAGUGACUUUAUUACCAACCGUUACUGACAGUUUAUCUUUAUUACCAAAUAAAUGCAAAAUUUACAUUGUG